GUUCCUUUCUCACUAAACCCUCUCUCCCUAUCUCCCUCCACUCUUACCUGGGGUUUUAGGAGAGCAUCCCGGUGCCCCAACAAUGGUAGCGAUGAUACUAGGGCGAACCCUAAUUUUCAGGCCAGCGGCCAUGAGUUUCUCUGCUUCUCCUUUACCUGGUUUCUUCAGGGCCUUUUGGUCAUCUUCACUUUCUGCUUCUGCUACGAAAAGCCAUGGCUCCAGCAUUAUCUCGUUUCUUCGACCUCUCUCAGUUGCUGUACCAGCGAUCAAUGGCCACUUGGUUUCUUCUUCUGGUCUUCGUUGCUUUGCUACAAGGCCUACUACCUCUUCUCUGAAUGACCCGUCCCCCAACUGGAGCAAUAGGCCGCCAAAGGAGACCAUUUUGCUUGAUGGGUGUGACUUUGAGCACUGGCUUGUGGUCAUGGAGCCGCCUGAAGGGGAGCCAACAAGGGAUGAUAUUAUUGAUAGCUAUAUCAAGACUCUUGCUCAGGUGGUUGGAAGCGAAGAGGAAGCUAGGAUGAAGAUCUAUUCUGUUUCAACCCGACACUACUUUGCUUUUGGAUGCCUUGUGUCAGAGGAGCUGUCCUACAAGCUUAAACCUUUGCCGAAGGUUCGAUGGGUUCUUCCUGAUUCAUAUCUGGAUGUCAAGAAUAAGGACUAUGGAGGAGAACCUUUUAUUGAUGGAAAAGCUGUUCCAUAUGAUCCCAAAUACCAUGAGGAAUGGGUUAGGAACAAUGCACGUGCAAAUGAGAGGUCCAGACGCAGUGACAGGCCCCGGAAUUUUGAUAGGUCAAGGAAUUUUGAGCGGAGGAGAGAGAACAUGCAGAACAGAGACAUGCCGCCGAUGCCUAAUCCAGAGUUCCAGAACCGUGGCAGUCAGAAUCCGAUGCCUCCGAGUGAUAUGCCUCAAAGAGAUAUGGGUCCGGGCCCAAACAUGGACUACCAAAACAGAGACAUGCCUAAUAGAGAUUUUCAGAAUAGAAAUUUCCCCAACAGAGAAACGGCUGGAAUGCCAAACACGGGUUUCCAGAACAGGGAUAUACCCAACAGGGACAUGGGGGGCAUGCCUCCUGGCAAUAAUCAGGGGCCUCCUGGCAAUAAUCAGGGGCCUCCAGGCAACUAUCAGGGGCCUCCUGGCAAUCACCAGGGGCCUCCAGGCAACUAUCAGGGGCCUCAUCAGGGGCCUCCGGGCAACUAUCAGGGGCCUCAUCAGGGGCCUCCAGGCAACUAUCAGGGGCCUCCUGGUAAUUAUCAAGGCCCUCCUGGCAACUAUCAAGGGCCUCCGGGUAACUAUCAAGGCAGAGAAAUGCCUGUCAGAGAUAUGCCUCCCAUGCCAAAUAGAAACUAUUAAUGAGGUUUCUCCCUGAUAUUUUGAAGUAUAGGGGACAAAGGUUGCAGUAUUAUGCUGAAGUGUAGGACUUGACAAUUAUAGCUUUUUCGCACUUGCUUUGGAUAUUAUGUACCCCUCGUUGUGGGGAAUAUAGUUGUUAACUGUGACGGUUUGCAGUUGAGUUCUAGGUGCUCAGCCAUGCUGAGCAGUACCUUUUGCUUUCGUUUUCAAACUUUGUGGUCAUUGACUGUUUGAUUAUCAUUUUAUCUGGUCUGUAUAUGUGGUCAGAAUUUUGAUCUUCUCUUUUAAUCUUGUUUGCACCUGAAGGUAAAACGCAUUUCUUGGUUUGCAUAGAAUGGGUCUCAACCACUGAUUGGUGGUUGUUUUUAUCA